AGGAGAUACUUCGGGACUGAGUUAAGAAUUUCAGAUCAAGAAAAUCGAAAUCGACCAUAUUUCUUGCGUUUGAUAGUUUUGUUUUUUAAUCGACCCGUGUUGCUGACGGGGUUACGGCUAGGGUUAACUAUGUGCGUACUGUCUAAAUACGAAAAACUUGGAUUUUUUUUGCUCAUGCUGAGCGUUUCAUUUUAAGUACUUACAACGUUUUGUUCCUUAUUUCUCCUUUGGUAUCUUGUGUAAGUAAACAUGCUGGGGUUAUUUCGGGUUUCUCGGUCGGUCACACGUUUCAGCAAAGUCUCAUACUCGCCACCUGUUACCCCAUUCAGUAGAAGAGCCUUCGAAAAAAGAACAAAAAUUCCUGAAUGUGGCUUUCACACCACUAGACCCAGGGCUGCCAUACCACCAAUCAUUUUAAUUGUUUUGAGGCCAGUACUAAGAGUAGUUGCAUUUCUUGCUGGUAGAAAUUUCCGAAAGUGGUGGCGUUCCCUACCCAAAAACCAGCGCCAGUAUUACUGGUCAAGGAUAAAAGAGAAUAAAUGGAGCAUUGCUGGUGGGGGAGCCAUUUCAAGUGCGAUGGCUUAUUGGUUCUAUGUGUCACAUCUGGAGUUUGAACCAAUAACUGGCAGAGAAAGGUUUUCCAUUGUUUCUCCUAAGCAAAUUCAAGAACUGUCUCAAUUGGAAUUUCAAGCAAUAUGUUUGGAGUUUGCCAACCGCAUUAUACCCACUCAUCAUCCUUAUUACACAAGGGUAAAGCGAGUAGCCAAUCGGUUGUUGUUAGCAAACAAACACCUGCCGCAAGUGUACACGAAAACAUGGACGAUAACCGUUUUGGAUGAUCCUGGGAAUAUGAAUGCUUUUGUCUUGCCUAAUGGAAAUAUCUUUGUGUUCACGGGAAUGUUGAAUAUAUGUACAACGGACGAUGAAUUAGGAAUGGUUUUAGGACAUGAAAUCUCCCAUUGUCUGUUGGGUCACGCGGGUGAAAAUGUCAGUCGAGAGCAUCUUUUGGAGUCUAUUAAGUUGGUGCUCAUUGCCUUAGCGUGGGCCAUUCUCCCUUCGGAUUUAUUGAGCUUGCUUGGAUACAGCGUUGGAGCAGGAGCUGUUAAUGCUACACUCCGCUAUCCUUAUUCACGACUGCUGGAAAAUGAAGCUGACCAAGUUGGGAUACAUUUAGCAGCUAAGGCUUGCUUCGACGUUAGAGCUGCUGUAGCUUUCUGGGCUAAGAUGGAUCUAAUCCACGAAUAUGAUCAACCUAGUUCGCUAGAGUGGCUAUCGACCCAUCCUAGUCACAAAACCCGACAGGCCAAAAUUGAAGAACAGCUUCCAGAUGCGAUAAACUUUCGUAAAUACUGCAAGUGUCCCGAUCUUCCAGCUCGAGACCCUCGUCAGGAACUGGAGAGUUUUCGAAAGUCUAUGUUGGAGGGAAUGCAUAAAACAAUGCCCGUCGGUGUUAUCCUUGUUGUUCCUGAUAUGGCCGCCUAUGCCACUGGGAAGGAAUCAUAGCAAAAUUUGCUUUGUACAUAGUAUAUAACCCUGUCGCAGAGCUCCCCUGGUUUUGACAUUUCGACAUACAUCUUGGUUGGUUUUCUGAUUUUAACAAAGAAUAAAUUUUGAAAAUUGUUUAAUGGUAAAAA